CUUCUUAGGACUGACAACACAGCACAGCACAGGCGAUGGGUGUUUACUUACGGUGGAAACAGCCAUCCUGGAUGGUGGACAGUAUAAGAAUGAGAAUGACUUCACACUUGCCGUGGCUCCUGUCAGCACUUACUCUUCUGCAUUUGACAGUGCAAGCACACAGUCUGAAGAGGGGGACAAUUCAAGAUUUGAAAUGUACAACCAAAAACAUGCUAGUGUGGGACUGCACGUGGACACCACCUGUUGGGGUCAGCCCUGCAACUGUUAAAGAAGUCUGCAUUAAAGACAGGCUCCAUUCUUGUCAUCGGUUAGAGUCAACAAACAUUAAAAUUGCAGCUCUUUCACCUGGCGAUCAUGAAGUAACAAUAAAUUACCUAAAUGGCUUUCAAAGCAAAUUCACACUGAAUGAAAAAGAUGUUUCUUUGAUUCCAGAUACUCCUGCGAGUUUGAGUUUGUCUGCUGACUUGUCAAGCUCCACAUUGCACCUGAGGUGGAAUGACAAAGGUUCUGCUUUCCCAUACCCCUCCAAUGCCACCUGGGAAAUCAAGGUUCUACAGAAUCCGAGCAUGGAACCAGUAAAAUUAGUAUCAUUCAACACAACACUGAACGGUCAGGAUACAGUUCACCACUGGGAUUGGGCCUCAGAGCUGCCCUUGCAGUGUGCUACUUACUCCGUGGGCAUUAGAUGGUACAUCGACUAUCAUCGUUUCUCUGGUUAUAAAGUGUGGAGUGACUGGAGCUUACUGAAGAACAUUUCUUGGACUCCUAAUUCUGAGACCAAUGUUUUCCCUCAAGACAAAGUGAUUCUUGCAGGCUCAGACAUAACAUUUUGUUGUAUAAGUCAAACAAAAGUGCUCUCAGGACAGAUUGGCAAGACAUUUUGUCCUCUUAUCCAUCUUUAUGGGGAAAACGUUGCAAUCCGUAUCCAGAAUAUUUCCGUUUCUGAAAACAGUGGAACAAACGUGGUUUUCACAACAGAAGAUAAUGUGUAUGGAACAGUUGUCUUUGCAGGCUAUCCACCCGAUGUUCCUCAGAAACUGAAUUGUGAGACACAUGAUUUCAAAGAGGUUAUAUGUAGUUGGAAUCCAGGAAGGCCAACAGGACUGGUGGGCCCACGGAAUACAGAUUACACUCUAUCUGAAAGCAUUUCGGGAAAAUCCGUCACAUUUAAAAGGUUUGAAACUCUUACAAAUGAAAGCUACCGUUUAGCCUUCCAAAUGCUUCCGGGCCAAGAAAUUCAUAACUUCACCCUGACUGGUCGCAAUCCACUGGGACACGCAGAAUCAGCAGUUUUCAUCAACAUAACUGAACGAGUUGCUCCUCAUGUACCUGUCUCCUUGAGAGUGAAGGACAUCAAUUCCACAGUUGUCUCUCUUGCCUGGCAUUUGCCAGGAAAUUUUGCAAAGAUUAAUCUCUUAUGUGAAAUUGAAAUUUGUAAAGCUAGUUCUGAACAAGAAGUGCGGAAUGCCACUGUCAAAGGAGCCCAGGAGUCGAGUUACCUUGUUGCUGUGGACAAAUUAACCCCAUACACUCUAUAUACUUUUCGGGUCCGUUGUUCUACUGAGACUUUCUGGAAAUGGAGCAAGUGGAGCAAUGAAAAGAGACAUUUAACCACAGAAGCCAUUCCUUCACGGGGACCAGAUACAUGGAGAGAGUGGAGCUCUGAUGGAAAAAACUUAAUAAUCUAUUGGAAGCCUUUACCCAUUAAUGAAGCUAAUGGGAAAAUACUUUCCUACAAUAUAUCCUGUACAUCAAAUGAGGAGACACAGUCACUUUCUGAGAUCCUUGAUCCUCAACACAAAGCAGAGAUACAGCUUGAAAGAAAUGACUACAUCAUCAGUGUGGUGGCAAAAAAUUCUGCUGGCUCAUCACCACCUUCUAAAAUAGCUAGUACGGAAAUCCCAAAUGAUGACAUCAUAGUAGAGCAAGCCGUUGGAAUGGGAAAAAGCAUCUUCCUCUCCUGGCAUGCCGACCCCAACAUGACCUGCGACUAUGUAAUUAAAUGGUGCAACUCCUCUCAUUCUGAGCCCUGCCUCAUGGACUGGAUAAAGGUUCCUUCAAACAGCACCGAGACCAUAAUAGAAUCUGAUCAAUUUCAGCCAGGAGUAAGAUAUAAUUUUUAUCUCUAUGGAUGCACUAAUCAGGGGUACCAAUUAUUGCGUUCUAUAAUUGGAUAUAUAGAAGAAUUAGCUCCAAUUGUUGCACCAAAUUUUACUGUGGAAGAUACGUCUGCAGAUUCAAUAUUAGUAAAAUGGGAAGACAUCCCUGUGGAAGAGCUCCGUGGCUUUUUAAGAGGGUAUUUAUUUUACUUUCAGAAAGGAGAGAGAGAUACACCUAAGACAAGAACUUUUGAGACAGGUCAUUCUGACAUCAAACUAAAGAAUAUCACUGACAUAUCCCAGAAGACUCUGAGGAUUGCCGAUCUUCAGGGUAAAACCAGUUACCACCUGGUCCUGCGAGCCUAUACGCAUGGUGGACUGGGUCCUGAGAAAAGCAUGUUUGUGGUGACCAAGGAAAACUCCGUGGGAUUAAUUAUUGCCAUCCUCAUCCCAGUGGCUGUGGCCGUCGUUGUUGGAGUGGUGACAAGCAUCCUUUGCUAUCGGAAGCGAGAAUGGAUUAAAGAAACGUUCUACCCUGAUAUUCCCAACCCAGAAAACUGUAAAGCCUUACAGUUUCAGAAGAGCAUCUGCGAGGGAAGCAGUGCUCUGAAGACAUUGGAAAUGAAUCCCUGUACCCCAAAUAAUGUUGAAGUUCUGGAAUCUCGAUCAAUAGUUCCUAAAAUAGAAGACACAGAAAUAAUCUCCCCAGUGGCUGAGCGUCCUGGGGAAAGCUCCGAGGCAGACCCCGAGAACCACGUGGUUGUGUCUUACUGCCCACCCAUCAUCGAGGAGGAAAUAGCCAACCCCUCAGCAGAUGAAGCGGGAGGGAAUUCCCAGGUUGUGUACAUUGAUGUUCAAUCCAUGUAUCAGCCUCAAGCCAAACCAGAGGAAGAACAGGGCAUUGACCCUGGGGUGGUGGCAGGCUAUAAGCCACAGAUGCGCCUCCCCAUAAACUCUGCUGCGGAAGACACAGCAGCAGAAGAUGAAGCAGAUAAAACUGCAGGUUACAGACCCCAGGCCAAUGUGAAUACGUGGAAUUUGGUCUCUCCAGAUUCCCCAAGGUCCACAGACAGCAACAGUGAAAUUGUCUCUUUUGGGAGUCCGUGCUCCAUCAAUUCCAGGCAAUUUUUGAUUCCUCCUAAAGAUGAAGACUUUCCUAAAUCUAAUGGAGGAGGGUGGUCCUUUACAAACUUUUUCCAGAACAAACCAAACGACUAACCGGUCAUCCUUUGCCACUUCAGUCUGCCAUCUCAACAAGCUCUCACUGCUGGUGUCCCGGCAGCCAGCUGUCGGGGCAUUCCUGGAGGGACCCUGCAAAUGUUGAGCCAGGGACCUUCAUCCCAGGCAAGUGACACUAGAAGCAUUAACGUGCUUUUAAUGUAUCCUAAAAGCCAAAGUACAGUGACUCAGAGACCUCAGCCACAGAAACUCAAGAUCUGAAGCUGGUUUUGAUUGAGCCAAAGAAUCCUCCACAAGGAUUUCACUACUAACUCUGCCUAGUACAUAUAUAUAUGCAAAACAAAUCUCACAACUGUCUGUUGUUAGUGGUUUUCUCAUCUUUGUAUGUUGUGGAAUUCCAAGUGGAUUUACAGGCAAGGAAGAAAAAUGUACAAGUCAAAAUAAUGCUGAUUUGCCUGACAUUUAUUGCAGUCCAGAGGAAAACCAAGCACAGAUUUUAAAACUUUUAUGAUGUCUCUAUCCACAGCAUUUCCAAAAGAGACUCUAGUUUUUAAUGUAGCAGCAGCUAUUCGGUGUUCUGUUUGGUUGAGUGCACUGAUGUCUGUGCCUCUCCAGUGUUCCAGUUGAUGGAGUGUGCUGAUUUCUCUGCCUACUGUAUCAUAGUUAUCAAACAGUUGUCUCAGGGGUACAAACUUGGAAAAACAAGUGUGACACUGACCAGCCCAAAUCAGAAUCACAUUGUCCUGCUUUGAGUGGACAUGAAAGCCUUUCUCCUAUCACAUAGCUUGCAUAAUAGCUUCCAUUGUGCGGCCCAUUGUCCUCUAGUUGGAAAUUUCUAGAACUGUCUCCAAAUUUUCUUUGUGUUUUUGUUUUGUAUUAUAGUGUCUGCUUUAUAAGAGCAAAUCCAACAUUAUUCACAAGUAUAUAAUUGUGAUGAGUUACUGUGUAAGAUGACUACUAAGAA